AAUUUGUGUUUAAAUGGUUUAAAUAUAUUUGCAGAAUGUUUGCAAAUCAACGAAUGCCUGACUCGAAUGAAUGGGACUUCAUGCAUGAUCAUCACGGAUUUUAUUGAAGUAUUAUUACGGUGUACAUAUUAACAAUACACAUAUUUCGUUGAUUAUUUUGGGCAGUGUUAUUUUUCAGCAUCAUGGCGAACGUCGACAAAGGACGCAGUAAAUGGGAAGAAAAUUCUCAAGAUGUUCAAGAUAUGAGACUGAAAGAUGAUGUGAAAGGAAACCGUCGAGGAAAGCCACAGGUUGAGAUAUAUCGCCCAGGAAGUGGCCCAUUGCGUAAAUCUGCACAGGGAGAUGAAGAAACAGUUUUCUUGGAUAAUAGUCGAAAAGCUAAGUCUUCCAUUGAAAAUUCGGUUAUCAGUAGUGUUUCUGAAGAUUUUAAACGUGGUUGUCAGAAGCCAACUAAUUCAUUACUACAAGAGCACCGUAGCAAUAAUAGCAAACGAAGCAGUGAUAUGAAGGAGCCAUCUGAUGUAUCAAAACAUAAUAGAGGACUGACUGACAUUGAUGAUAGAUUGAGAAAUACCCACCAUUCACUACCUGGAUCAAGUGGGGAUUAUGUGUCUCCAAGAGGUAGCACAAAAUCUAUAGCUAGUGAUACAAAAAGGAAAAGCAGGAAGCCAGAACAGGCAAUCUACAUACCAAAACCUCUUGCUCAGGCCAUUGCUGAACGAGAUGUAGCGAAUAAAUCUCCAGUGAAUGUGGCUGAAGGAAAAGUUAUUAACAACAUCAGCUGCUCCAAGGAGAAGAAUAUGCUGAAAGGAGAAAAGGAAUGUUUAUCACAGCCAUUUCAAGAAGAGUAUUUGAAUGAAAAUACAGGUCACUAUUCACAUUCAGAUAAUUUGAACAGAGAGUUACAGUCACAGAGAUCAGAAUUGUAUGAUAGGAAUGGUGGGCCUCGGGUAAGUAAGGGAGAAAGUUGCAGGAAGAUGAAAUAUGAAGGAAACAAGAAAAGUGGAAGAGGAAGUGGUGAUAGUGAUUGGGCUGAGAAAGAUGUGGGAAAUGGAAUAGUUAAACAAGGUGGUGUUACUAGUUCAAAAAGCAAUGAAUGUAAAUCACAUUCAAUGAGAUACUCAGGUAACCGUAAGAAUUCUCAGUCAGUUGAAGGAGAUACGAAGAAUAAAGAAGAGAAUCACACGCCAUCUUGGAGUUCAGAAUGUUCCACUUCUGCUCCUGUAUAUAACCAGAGAAGGAGUGAUAUGUCGAGGGAAAUCAGGCAGGCUUCAGAACCUCGGGCACUUCUUCCCACCAGUUUGCCUCAGGAUGCAAAUAGAAUGCGAGAUACAAGAAGUGUAGAACCUGUGGGAACAUCUGGAGCACGUGGUUGGAAUGGUGGUAAAUUGCAAGCCAAACCUCCAUCUGGACGUAGAGGUAGUGUGAAGGAUUGCACUGUACUUUCCAGUGCCAAUAAGAGUAAUCCAAAGCCACACCCUUGCUAUGACUCGCUUCCACCACGCCUCAAAAAGAAAUAUCUGGCAGAAAAUAUGGUCUCGUCAUCGAAUUAUAUUGGAACUACCUCAGAAGAUGUAUGGGAUGGUAGUACAGUAACAUUUCAAGGUAGUGGAGGUAAUUACCAUCAGAACCCUCACCAGCAUCGUCAUAUUCAUCAGCAUCAGGUUCAUCCUCACCACCCGACACCUCCACAUUUGUUUCGUCAGAAUCAAGAGACAUCUUUGCACAUGUCACAGUGUAAUUCCCAGGAACAUUGGGCACAUACACUGCCUAACUCACGUGCGAGAGGUCGUGGCAGGCUGAGACCUGAUGAGAUGGAAAGAACGGUUGCCUGUGCGGCUAGGUUUUCAAGGUCUCUCACACCUGACAGACUCUCAAUGCCUCCAACGUCCAACAUGGGUCCACCAUAUUCAGACUGUGGUUUUGAAUGUGUUCCAAGCCAGCAAAGUCUCUUGUUGUCAGAUGAUAGAAAGGGGAUAGGUAGUAGGAUAAAGACACCGCCUGCAUCACCACCUCCUCCACCACCGUCAGUAUCACCAUUGUCAACAUCAAAGGGUCCUCCUCAUGAUGAAAGAAGAGGGACUUCCAGUAAACCUUCAAAUCCUCAUUCUGCCAGGCAUCGAAGAAGAAGUGAUAGUAAUCCCUGUGAACUUGGCGAUGUAUAUCAGAACAGAAAACACAGUGAAAAGAAGUCUCAGUUUAAAGAAAUUGUAGAGAAAGCCAAUCAUCCAGAACCAGCUUCUGGUGAGCCAUCUAACGAUGUGUUACGAAACUCACCAUCACCAAAGUUCCUGGACUGGGGUGAGGAAGUAGAACAGAGUGAACGAUUGGAAGCCGAAGGGAUGCUAAGUGAUGUGAUGACACGCAGCUCAUCCCUUGCUAGCUUGCAGGAAAAGAGCCAAACCCAUCCUCCAAGAGAGAGACGCAGGCGCCACAGGAGGCGAGGUGGGGAAUCACGCCCACUUAAUGAUAGGAGUUUGAGCAGAGAUAGAGGCAUAAGGGAACAUAAUAAAGAUCAAAGUAGAGGAUAUAGCGGUGAUCACAGCCAUCGUGGUUCAAGUCAUGAUCAGAAUUAUAGAAGCUAUUGUAACCGAGGAAACAGCAAGGAGAGGAGUAACCGAGGAUAUAGUAAAGAAAGGAACAACAGAGGUCAAAGCAAGGAGAGAAAUAACAAAGGCCAAAGUAAAGAAUGGAGUAAUACAGCUGAAAACAGAGAGAAGAAUAACAGAGGACAUAGCAGAGAAAGGAAUAUGAGGGAACAGAGUAGGAAUUUUAGAGGGCACAGCCAAGAUCGAAAUUAUAGAGGUCACAGUAGGGAUCGAAGUAACAGAGGACAGAACCAUGAGAAGGAUCGGCUGAAAGAAACAAUAAAGAAACAUGAAAAUUGGAGAGAGGAACAACGGCAGCAACAACAACCCAGUCACCAACAAAAGAGAGAGAAUAAAGAACAGGAAGUUGUGCAGCAGAAAGAGUUGACACAAAAAGAUAAAGGUAGCAGUGGAAACCAUGUUGCUGGAAUCUUGGUGAUACCUUCACAAGCUCCUGGCCAGACCGUUCAGCAAAACCAGAUGAUGGGAUUUUGCCAGUCUCAGGAUCAGUUAGAAUAUCCGAGCAACUUUCCAGUAUUUCUAGGAUGUAUCCCAAAUUCUGGAUCUUUUCAGCAGCAACAGCAACAGCAGCGGCAGCUGUUUGAUCCCAACAAUCCCAACAAACCAAUUAUCGUAUCUUCUCCUGGGGCCAGAGCAGUGCAGCCACUCCAUUCAAGGGAAAGUGAUGUUACUCUGUCUGUUCCUGCUGCUGGAUUUGUUUCAACUCUUCCUUCAGAAUUAGGAUAUGUUCAGUAUCCUGGUAUGCCUCAAUGUCCAGAUGGCAUGGGUCAGGGUUCGUACAUCACUGAUCAGUUUGGAAACACUCGUCCCACAUGGUAUGACCCCUACUCUAACAGCUUUCGAAGUGCAAAAAACCCUCAUCUGCUUCUGGAUAUUGAGCGAGCGGAUUUAGAAUUGCAUCGCAUUCUCAGUGCUGGUGAUAUUCUACGAGACUGGAACCAAGUAGCUUUUAUUAGGCAGUACCUCAAGCAGUAUCUUUAUACACUGCUGGUAACUGAUAUCAAAUUCUGCCAAACUGAAAAUGUUGAGCAGCAUUUAUGGAAGAUUUUAUUUUACAAUAUUAUUGAACUCCUGCGCAAGAGCAUUGCUGAAAAUGUGGAGAAUAAGGAACAGUAUAAACAGACAAUGCUUUCACUUAUAGAGCAGGGAACAUCCUACUUUGAAAACCUUCUGGAAGUGCUGGAGCAAACAUACAAAUUUAAAUUGGAAACAUUUAUUACUCCAAAUAAUGUGUCAACAAAAGGCCUUGGAUUUGCUGGUUUGGCAUUGGUUUCUGCGCAGAAGAUACUCCUGUUCCUUGGGGAUCUGGCAAGAUACAAGGAGCAGGUCAAUGAAACAUCAAAUUUUGGGCAGUCUCGUCAAUAUUAUAUCAAAGCCCAUCAAAUUAAUCCGAAGAAUGGUCGCCCAUACAAUCAGUUGGCAAUAUUGGCUGUGUAUGCAAGAAGAAAACUGGAUGCAGUCUAUUAUUAUAUGAGAAGUUUAAUGGCAUCUAACCCAUUUCAGUCAGCUCGAGAAAGCCUCCUCUCACUGUUUGAUGAGAGCAGGAAGAAAUAUGAACAGGCUGAAAGAAAGCGUCGUGAAGAACGUGAUGUAAAACAUUGUGAACGAAUGAAGGAGAAAGAAGGGGCUGGGAAAGAAUCUGGAGGUAAUGGGUUGAGAAGAGUGUACUGGGUACAUCCAGAAGGUAGACGGCCUCGACUCCACAUCACGACAUCCACCAUGCAAGAUCAGCGGAGGACUGACAGUGAGGAGGAGGAGCUUGCAACACUCAGCAGUAUUGAGGUGAACAAGAGAUUCGUAACAAGCUACCUACAUGUCCAUGGCAAAUUAUUUACUAAAAUUGGAAUGGAGACAUUUCAGGAAGCAGCUCUGCAGAUGCUGCGAGAGUUCCGAACACUGCUACAGCAUUCCCCAGUUCCUCUUAAUGCAAAUCGUUUUCUCCAGCUUCUAGCCCUCAAUAUGUUUGCCAUUGAAAACACACAGCUUAAGGAAGUGGCUCAUUUGGAACCCGGUUAUCGUUCAGCGGUUCAGGAAAACGCCCUCGUCGUGUCAUUACAGAUGUUCAACUUGAUCCUAGAGAAGUGUGUGGCCCUCCUCAGGGAGCAGCUAGAUCGUCCCGCAGAGUCGCAGUCACUGGGUCUCAUAGUCAGUGAAGACAUGCAGGCCCUUCUUCCUGCAGUCAAAGUUUGGUGCGACUGGUUGCUGUGCCAUAGUGCUGUAUGGAAUCCACCGCCCUCUUGCGUCGACUACAGGGUUGGACCUCCAGGGGACGCGUGGGGACGGGUUGCAACUCUGGUAAACCUUCUUGAGAAGUUGGAAUAUCAGAAGACUCUUCUGGUUACAGGUCCCAGAGAAGAUUAUGAACUCGUUAGACUGCCAGAAGAUGCAACAUUAUGUGGCUUCACUCCACUGAUGUACAAUGACCAGGAACCGAUCUAUACAAGCAAAGAGACUGAUAUGGAGCAGGCUUACGUUGUCUUAAGGAUCCAAAAAAUAGUUUUCUUUGGUACAGUUUUCCUGUGUGGGGUUGAUCCACCUGUUCUGAAGUUACAGAAAUUUGAUAGUGGAUUCAGUGAAUAUGUUUCUGUAGUACAGUCAUGCAGUCAGGGUUCACUGUCUUCCCCACAUGAGGAGGAUCAGAGUGAUUCGGAAUUAGUUGUGGAGAGCUUCAGUGAGGAUGAAAAUGAAGACAAAACCAGUGACAAGGAGGGCAAAGUGGAACCAGUGACAUCUGUUUCCAACAAUGAACUGGAUUCUAGCACAGCUGUAGCACCAGUGGAGAUACAGGAUCUCCUGCACAGAAAGGAGGAACUGGAGAAAAAGCAUCGUAAGCAAGAAAGGCAUCGCCAACGAGUGCAGGCCAUUCUUCGAGACUCAGUUGUGAGUGUGGAAAUUGAAGUGAGACCACACAAUUUGGUUCCCGAUACCAACUGCUUCAUCGACUACCUGAGUCAGUUGCAGAUAAUAGCUCAAGCUGGGCCUGCACAGCAGCAUUAUUAUACACUCAUGGUUCCUUUAGUUGUUCUGAAAGAACUGGAAGGGCUGGCUCGUGGAGGUAAAGACAGAGAUUACAUGCCUGUACCUUGUGUGGAACCAGAACAUGCUGCCAAGGUUGCCGAAGCUGCAAAAAUGGCUCUGGUCUUCCUCAGAUCUCGUAGUCCUGGUGUGCGGUGUGUCACUACCCGUGGUACAGUAGUCCGCACAUCUGCCUUUGCAAUGGAAGAGGAUACAGAGCAGGAUGAAAGGAAUGAUGACAAAAUCCUUACUACAAGCCUGAGCCUUUGUCGAUCUUCAGGAAAGGAUGAAUGCAAACCAGGUGAGCCACGUCGCCUGUAUCGAGAAGUGGUACUUCUGACUGAAGAUCGUAACCUGCGUGUGAAAGCACUGGCAAGACAUGUUCCUGUACGUGAGGUGCCCGAUUUCAUGCAUUGGGCGGGUCUGGGCUGAACCCCCCGGCUCUUGUGACCCUGUCAACACCCCAGCAACUUACAUGCAGAGAAUAAAAGACAUGCGAGUGUGUAGAGGGAGGCAACUCGCACGAAUUGGACUCAGGUAGGUCCUUCUGUCAACCUGCAUCAUGCCAAGCGAGGAAACAGCCCCAGCUAGGAUAGGGCGAAGCAACACUCAUGUAAAUAUCUUGGAUGCACUCAUCAGGAUAUCUUCUGACGGAUGGAGGGUUAUGAAUCCGUACUGUUUUGCUGUAGAAGAGGAGGUUUCAGUUAAAAGUCUUUGAAUUCAUUAUACAAUGGUGACUGUCAGUAACACAUUUUCAUACUUUUGGCCAGUUUUUGAAAUACAGAAAUAAGGUUAUGGCUAUAUAGAUAAGACGUUUCCAAUCUUUCAUUUGUCAUGCCUACUUGGAAUUUUUACAUUCCUAUGCCAAAUAAUAAUAGUAAUUUUAACAGUGACUGUUGAACAAGUUCUUAUUUCUUAAUCUGAAGCAUUAAAUUAUUAUUAUUAUUAUUAUACUGCAUGUGAUUGAUCAUUCUCAUAUCAUUGAUGAUUGUAUAUGGAUUGAUAUAACCUUCAGCCUACUGUAGUUUGGAAAGAAACCCUGAAAGAUAGCUGCUCAUUACGAAACUAGUUUCAUAGUUUUACAUGAUUUUUUCCUUCAGUAUGACAUAUAUAUACUCUAUUGUAACCUUAAAAACAUGUGAGUAAUAUGACUGUUAUGUUAUGCUCUUACAGUUUUGUGUACAGGAGGCAGUUACAUGUCAGAAUGAGUAGAAACUGUCUCUUGUCUUUGGUAUGCAUUUCCAGAGUAUCUAUAUAAACUAUUUUGACAUAUUGACAAGAGUUCGUCAUUACCAUCAUUAACACCACAGCUUAGGCCACAAUCAUCUUCUGACUCCACUCCCGGAGCAAGAUUGGCCACUCCGUCAUUUGUUGGAGUGUCCAAUGUUGCUGCUGGUUGUUUUGUAUACAACUGAAUUCCAUGUUGUUGGUGUGUAAUUCAUCAUCAUCAGGAAUAAUAUAGAAUUAGGUCAUUAAAAGCCUGUUGCUAUAACUCCAGGAUGGUCUUGGAAACACCAUAGACAUUUUGAUCAUCCUAUCAUCUUAAAUCUUGUUAUCCCCUCAGUAGGCAACAGAAUGCCAGUUGUGGCAUGUGACCUCUUUGCAUUCUUCCAGAUUAUUUUUUCACUUAUAUGAGAUAGAUCAGCCUGUUCAGCAAUGUUUUGAAUAACGUGAGUGUCUUCAAAGUCUCCACAUGGGUGCUUUAUUUUUAUUAGUGUCACUAGGUAUAUGAUAUAAAAGUUCCAAAUAGACAAUUGAUUGCUAGCUAAGAAACCAGCAUUUAAUUAUGGGAUUCGAAAAUGUGCCAUAAAAUAACGAUAAAUUAUAUGAGAUUUACAGUUCAUGGAAUAGUGAAUAACAAGAUUAUAGUCCUCUGCGAUUAACACCGUGUACUUUGGUAGAUAGAUACCAGAUUUUGAGAGUAACCUGCUGCCUAAAUCUUCAUUGUAGUUUUGUUUUGAAGUUGGAAGCAGCGUAUUUCUCACAAACAUUGCACCUGUCUACCAAACUACACAGUGUUCCAUUCCAGAAGACUAUAAUCUGAACCAUAAACUGCACUAAUGCCAAUAGGGAUUGGAAUGUAGCCCCUGAUAAUUUUCUCAGGCUGCUUCUGUUUUGGAAGUUAAGUUCACAAAGUGUGGUAAUGGAUCCAGAUUGAUGAUAUUGGAGUAUGCUGUAAGCCAAAUGAUUUUGCAGUUGUGCCAUUUAUUAUUCAUAUGAGAAUGGCACUUUCAGUUAAAAGUUAUCAAGCAAAGUUCUUUAUUUUCUUUCAGGCUACAUAUCUGAUUGGUCACAGCCUACAUAAAUAUAAACAUUUGAAACAAACCAAAUAUUUGUACCAACAAACUUCCACUCUUUCUAUCAACUUCAUAAUUCAAGUUUUCAUUGCAGGGUUCAGGGGCCAUGAUAAACCCCUAUCACCCUAAAGCAACCUCACGUAUUUUAAAAUAAUACCAAGAGGGUGUUCAGGGGAGUGUGUAACUGCAUUGCUUUCAUAGCAGUGGACAUAAUAGUUCUAAGAUUUAACAGUUUUGACAACUCUCUUACAAUUUUAAAAUGCACUUUAUAAAAUGACAGCUGUUGAUACUAUUUGAUAUAUUGAAAUGAAUUAAAUUGAAUACAAGUUUAAAACUCACAUAUAUAUACUUGGAUUUUACUUUUUUACUAUAAAUGCUUAUGGCCUGUGUCUCGGAGAAUGAGUGAUAGAAUGUCUGCAUGUUACUGGUAUGUAUAUAAUUUCUUAUGAAUCCUGUUCACAUUUAUCUGCAUUUGGUUGUGAAAAUAAUUAGGUAGAGCACAUUCCCACCAAUAAAAAUUAGAGUUAAUAUAUGUAUAUAAAUAUUUAAUGUGUGGAUUUGUUGCAGUUUGAAAAACAAAAAUUUUCUGGUUCAGUAUGUUAGUGUGUAUUGUAUUAUUACUUUCGCAGUGUUAAUCUACCCAUUGAGACACAUAUGUAAUUCUUAAUGAAUUUUAAAAUAUUAAAAACAAAAACACUUUGUAAAGUAAUUACAUGUAAAUUAUUUGAGAAGGAAAUAAGUAUUUCCUAGAGAAAGGGUAAGGCAGAAGAACAACAGAUAUUUCACAUAUUAACAGUAAACUUUCCUGACUGAAAAGAUAGGAGACUGAAGGAAAAAAUACUGAAGGCAUUGAUUGACUAUUCUAAACAUCUGAUAUAUUGUGAAUGUUAUGAUUUUUAAACUCUCACUCUGCUGAUAUCAAAUUACUUAGUAAGUUCACUGUUGUGUACAAAGUAUUUGCUGUUCUUUUGUAAUUCUAUUUGCACACCAUAUUCGGUUUGUUUUCCUUUGUGAAGCUCUCUGAAUGUGUGUGGCAUUUGUUUGCAUAUUUAAAGUGGCACAGAUAAUUAUUGUGAUAAUUUGUUAGUAUGGGAUUAGUAUAUAUGAGCUUUACAUUUUCAGACAGUUGUAUAAGAAAUAAGAAACUUACAUGAAACACCAUUAAAGGUAAAAGAUCUCAUAUUUUCUGCGGGAGUCAUUGUAACUCCAUCCUUGGCCACCACUUGUUCUGCAUCAUGUUUUAAUGUCAGCGCAAUGGCGACUCAGCAGUGGAAAGUUGUGACGUGACAAUGUACAUAGCACCUGGUGGCCAGGGUUGGAGUUGUGCUGAUUUUCAUGCAAGGUUUGAGAGAUUAUCUGAGAAAUUUAUUUGUAAUAAACGUUUGAAUGUGUGAAGUUCAUUUGUAAUAAACCUGUACUUAUAUUUGUAAAAUUUUUUGGUAGCCGUAGGGAAUGUGGGAAUUUGGUGUGUGUGGGGGGGGAUGAAAUUAAUGUCCUAUGAGAUAAUCAUUCAUUUUCCUGGGUGAAAGGCAUCUGAGGUUUCAGAAAUGGUAGGCUGACAUUGAACUUGUUUGUCUAUGUUACUCACUGUUGAAAUACCGGUACUUAUCCUCUCAUUGUGUGGGGCAUUGUGUGCGUUACUGUACUUACCUUUUUCUGGCGUACCUGUUUCAAUAUUAAAUUGCUGUUUACCAGGUGAAAAUUCUG